AUGUACGCAAUCUAUGUUAUUGCUGCAGUGGUUGUGCUAUCUGCCAUUGUAUAUUCUACAUUAAUAUUAUUUUCCCAUAAACCGAGACUACCAACACCAAGUGAAUCAUAUUACAAAACCAACGAUACUUCCAAUAAAUCAUACGAACUUGCACCAAGAAUAGAUUCAAGAAGUCCUAAAAGAGAGCCUCAAGUGGAAAUCGGUGUUGUUAUACCGUGUUACAAUGAAACCGAGAGAUUAGACAAAAUGUUAAGCGAGGCUAUCGAAUUCCUUGAGCAACGUUAUCCAAGGAACUACGAAAUUAUCAUUGUUGAUGAUGGUUCGAGCGAUGGUACUGCCGAAUACGCAAUCAAAUUGGCAAAUGAGUACAAGUUGGAACCACACACAUUGAAAGUUGUUCAAUUGUCAAAAAACAGAGGCAAAGGAGGAGCAGUCACCCACGGCAUUUUACAUACACGGGGCAAGUACGCUUUAUUUGCUGAUGCUGAUGGUGCUACUCAGUUCUCGGAUGUUGCAAAUCUCAUUAAGUACCUCGACUCGCAUCCUAAUGAGCCAGCAAUAGCCAUUGGGUCACGUGCCCACAUGGUCAACACCGAUGCAGUUGUUAAACGGUCACUUAUACGUAAUUUCCUAAUGUAUGGUCUUCAUACCUUAGUGUUUAUCUUUGGUAUUAGAAAAGUUCAUGAUACCCAAUGUGGUUUCAAAAUGUUCAAUAUAGAUGCUGUUAAGCAAAUCUUCCCACACAUGCAUACAGAACGAUGGAUUUUUGAUGUUGAAGUAUUGCUUUUGGGGCAGAUUCAGGGAAUGGAAAUGAAGGAGAUUGCUGUCAACUGGCAGGAAAUCGAUGGGUCGAAAAUUGACUUGGCCAGAGACUCAAUUGAGAUGGCUAUUGAUUUGGUCGUGACGAGAUUGGCUUACUUGUUGGGAAUAUAUAAAUUAGACGAGUGUGGUAGAGCAGGCAAAAAGAGCCAGUAG